AUGUCAGAAGGAUAUACUUCGCCGCAAAGUCGGCAAGUGAGCAGCACGCGGCGCGUGGCCGGCGGCCGCACCGCCACCGCCACGCCACAGCCACACGCGCGAUACAGGGAGAGCAACGCCUCACGGCUCCGUCAAGAGAUCAAAGGCAUGACGGUGACGGGCACGGUGCGGCGGCCGCGCAGUCGAAGCAACUCGGCCUCCACGUCCGGCUCACCUGCUUCACGGAAGAGUGCCCCACAAAGUACUUCGCGCCAACAAAGCAAGGAGCGGCCGACUUCAAAAGGCCGGCAAGAAGCAACAACCGAUAAGGAUAAACCUGCGGAUUUAUCUUCAACACCCCGCUCUGUGAGCGAAAACUUCAGUAGAGACACGAUACCUUCUGUGAAAGCAUCAAGCAUUUCCUCUGGUCCUAUAAUAGAUUUGAUAGCGGCUAAAUCGAAAACCUUGAGUACAGUGGGCCCCGGAUAUUCGUCGACACCUGAAGAGCUUCUUGAUGUCAUGAGCAUCGGCAGUAAGAAGAAUAUUCGUGCUAAUGGUUACUCUAGAUGCGAUGGCAAUUCGGGAUAUGGUAAGCCACUCGUAACUCCAGUCAACAAAAGAUUAACACUCAGAAGAGAUCUGCCUUGGCCGCAGCUGAGUGCUGACGGUGUCCCCGAUCCGAAUAUCCGGUGCACGCCAAGUAUCGGAAACCACACGAAAUCCCCUACUAGGGCAUGGAAAGCGGAAAACAGAGAGUCUUCUACUCGAAGUGCUCCGCAACGAACUGAUUUGAUCAGAAACAAAUUACCAACGAAGGCCUCUGUAUCCGGGAACAAGUUACGGGCAUCGAAUACUAAUCCCAAUGUAUAUCCGGAUACUAAAAUACCCAUCAUGCGGAGCAAUAUCGGCGCUAAAUCAUUACGACCUUCCGUCUCGUCUCUUCACCGAUCUAAUAGCAGAAGUCCAGCUAGAAAACAAAAGUCUUUCAACAGCACAUCAAGUAACUUCCAAGACCUAAUGAGUGCUACGGCUAGUAAAAUGAAGCCACCGUACAACGACUCUAAAAUUAUCAAGCAUUGGACACCAGAAAUGAGCAAAAUACCAUCAAGAUCGCCGAGCAAAAUUACGAAAAGAUUCCUAAAUGGUGAACCAAUGAGGAGAGCAACAUCGAUCAAAGAUGUUAACCCAUCUGUCGACAAAAUGAAGUCGUUGCCUAGGGAACCAUACGGGGUCCCACCGCUGACCAGGCCAGCCCGUGAAGAAAAAAUAGAUAGACCAUCAGUAAACAAAUUCGAUGACGAAUUAAGAAGACAGCAACUGCUAGAAAUAAAAAAAAAGUUCCAAAGUAAACGAUUUUGGAAUGAUUCAAAGUACGACAAAAUUGAAGGUUUGAACUGGAUAUCAUGGAAAUAAACACUUUUUUUUAUAUUAUAAACAAUCUGUAUUUUAUAAAUUUAAAGUGGUAGUAACACUGCAGUGUGGAGUCUAAUGUUAAAGUUUACGAGCAUAAUGUCAAUUAAAAAAAUUGAAAAAUCAUGCCGUCUUUACUUGGAGCUAGAACCACCUGAUCCUUUGCUAUCCUUAUCUUUUUGAUCUUUGUCAUCUUUCUCAUCCUUGUCUUUUUUGAUGGUCGACAUAGCAUUGCGAAUGGCUUCACUCUGAGGAUCAACUCCUGGCAGAUUUUCCAGUACACUUUGGAGGAAUGCUGGGUCAUUCAUGACUUCAGCAUACUCUUCCGAGACAUCCAUGCUCUCUUCAGCUGCUGGAGCCUCUUGUUGCAUGCUCAUUUGCAUGGCAAGAGCAAUCUGCUCUUCCUCAGAUAACUCCAUAGCUUCAUGACCAAGGGACAUGGCUAAAGCCCUCUCCAUGCCAGUGUUUUCUGGUUCCCCAGGCUUGCUUGCAUCUCCUUCAGUAGUAGUUUGUUGGCGGCGUGACUCCUCCUCCUGGCGUUGUCUUUGCUCUUCCAUAGAGACACGCAGGGCAAGUGCAAGUUCAGGAUCUUCAUUUGGAUCGACACCAAAUUCAAAUGGUGACAAGCCUGAGCCAGAUGGUCCUGCUCCAUCGCCACCAAUCAAUGGGCUGGAAAUCAAAGCUUCAGAGAGUACCACGCACCCACCAGCGGG